AUGUCACAUGCAACCUUAAGCCCAAUUAGACCUACUUGCAAGCUCACACAACAUCCAGCCCAAGCCCGAUUCUGCCAAGCUUGCUGCCACAGACAGUCCACACUCAUGUAUGCUGGGUCUUGCUUCUCGUGCCAUGGCUUGGAUCUUGCUGAGCCAAGGCUACUCACGGCCCAAGUCAAAGACUUGGCCUCUCCAAAAGCCACUCAUGUCUUGCUUACCACAACAAACAAACAACACAUCGAAUUUUUCUUUGUCUUGUCUUGUUGUGGAACUUGA